AUGGCAGAUAUGGAGGAUACAUCUGUGAUCCUGCAGGGUAUUGACACGAUCAGCAGCCUGGAGGGUCUGGAAGAGGAUGGUUACCUCAGCGACGAGGAUACGUCACUCAGCAAUGAGUUGGCAGAUGCGCAGCGUCAAUGGGAAGAGUCGCUGCAACAGUUGAGCAAGCUGCUCAACUGGGUGCUACUGCCCCUGCUGGGCAAGUAUAUAGGAAGGAGGAUGGCCAAGACUCUAUGGAGUAGGUUUAUUGGGCAUUUUGUAUAA